UCUUGUCUUGUUCCCGAAGAAGUAGAAGCAUCGAAAGCGUUGGAGAGGUUAUUACCGGAACGGCGGCGACAAGGGUGUUCCCGAACUAGAGUGGAUAGAAAAUCAAGUAUAUUUUAAAAGAAGGGAUGUGGGAUCAAGGAGGACAGCCUUGGCAGCAGUGGCCCUUGAACCAGCAACAAUGGAUGCAGUCAUUCCAGCACCAACAGGAUCCAAGCCAGAUUGAUUGGGCUGCAUUGGCCCAAGCUUGGAUUGCCCAAAGAGAAGCUUCAGGACAGCAAAGCAUGGUAGAACAACCACCAGGAAUGAUGCCAAAUGGACAAGAUAUGUCUACAAUGGAAUCUGGUCCAAACAAUCAUGGGAAUUUCCAAGGGGAUUCAAACUUCAACAGAAUGUGGCAACCAGAAUGGGGAAUGCAUCAGCAACCCCCACACCCCCCUCCAGAUCAGCCAUGGAUGCCACCAACACCAGGCCCAAUGGACAUUGUUCCUCCUUCUGAAGACAGCAACAGUCAGGACAGUGGGGAAUUUGCCCCUGACAACAGGCAUAUAUUUAACCAGAACAAUCACAACUUUGGUGGACCACCCGAUAAUUUUGCAGUGGGGCCAGUGAACCAGUUUGACUAUCAGCAUGGGGCUGCUUUUGGUCCACCGCAAGGUGGAUUUCAUCCUCCUUAUUGGCAACCAGGACCUCCAGGACCUCCAGCACCUCCCCAGAAUCGAAGAGAAAGGCCAUCAUCAUUCAGGGAUCGUCAGCGUUCGCCUAUUGCACUUCCUGUGAAGCAGGAGCCUCCACAAAUUGAUGCAGUAAAACGCAGGACUCUUCCCGCUUGGAUUCGCGAAGGUCUUGAAAAAAUGGAACGUGAAAAGCAGAAGAAAUUGGAGAAAGAAAGAAUGGAACAACAACGUUCACAAUUGUCCAAAAAAGAAAAAAAGGCCACAGAAGAUGCUGAAGGAGCGGAUGGCCCUCGUUUACCUCAGAGAAGUAAAUUUGAUAGUGAUGAGGAAGAAGAAGACACUGAAAAUGUUGAGGCUGCAAGUAGUGGGAAAGUCACCAGAAGUCCUUCCCCAGUUCCUCAAGAAGAGCACAGUGACCCUGAGAUGACUGAAGAGGAGAAAGAGUAUCAAAUGAUGUUGCUGACAAAAAUGCUUCUGACAGAAAUUCUACUGGAUGUCACAGAUGAAGAAAUUUAUUACGUAGCCAAAGAUGCACACCGCAAAGCAACGAAAGGUGGACUGGGUGGUUAUGGAUCAGGAGACAGUGAAGAUGAGAGGAGUGACAGAGGAUCUGAGUCAUCUGACACUGAUGAUGAAGAAUUACGGCAUCGAAUCCGGCAAAAACAGGAAGCUUUUUGGAGAAAAGAAAAAGAACAGCAGCUAUUACAUGAUAAACAGAUGGAAGAAGAAAAGCAGCAAACAGAAAGGGUUACAAAAGAGAUGAAUGAAUUUAUCCAUAAAGAGCAAAAUAGUUUAUCACUACUAGAAGCAAGAGAAGCAGACGGUGAUGUGGUUAAUGAAAAGAAGAGAACUCCAAAUGAAACCACAUCAGUUUUAGAACCAAAAAAAGAGCAUAAAGAAAAAGAAAAACAAGGAAGGAGUAGGUCGGGAAGUUCUAGUAGUGGUAGUUCCAGUAGCAAUAGCAGAACUAGUAGUACUAGUAGUACUGUCUCUAGCUCUUCAUACAGUUCUAGCUCAGGUAGUAGUCGUACUUCUUCUCGGUCUUCUUCUCCUAAAAGGAAAAAGAGACACAGUAGGAGUAGAUCUCCAACAAUCAAAGCUAGACGUAGCAGGAGUAGAAGCUACUCUCGCAGAAUUAAAAUAGAGAGCAAUAGGGCUAGGGUAAAGAUUAGAGAUAGGAGGAGAUCUAAUAGAAAUAGCAUUGAAAGAGAAAGACGACGAAAUCGGAGUCCUUCCCGAGAGAGACGUAGAAGUAGAAGUCGCUCAAGGGAUAGACGAACCAAUCGUGCCAGUCGCAGUAGGAGUCGAGAUAGGCGUAAAAUUGAUGAUCAACGUGGAAAUCUUAGUGGGAACAGUCAUAAGCAUAAAGGUGAGGCUAAAGAACAAGAGAGGAAAAAGGAGAGGAGUCGAAGUAUAGAUAAAGAUAGGAAAAAGAAAGACAAAGAAAGGGAACGUGAACAGGAUAAAAGAAAAGAGAAACAAAAAAGGGAAGAAAAAGAUUUUAAGUUCAGUAGUCAGGAUGAUAGAUUAAAAAGGAAACGAGAAAGUGAAAGAACAUUCUCUAGGAGUGGUUCUGUAUCUGUUAAAAUCAUAAGACAUGAUUCUAGACAGGAUAGUAAGAAAAGUACUACCAAAGAUAGUAAAAAACAUUCAGGCUCUGAUUCUAGUGGAAGGAGCAGUUCUGAGUCUCCAGGAAGUAGCAAAGAAAAGAAGGCUAAGAAGCCUAAACAUAGUCGAUCGCGAUCCAUGGAGAAAUCUCAAAGGUCUGGUAAGAAGGCAAGCCGCAAACACAAGUCUAAGUCCCGAUCAAGGUAGUAUACUUUUUAAAGUAUUUUGUCUGAUUUUUAAAAAAAUUUGACUGAAUUUAUUCAAAGUUGAAAGUGUCCUUUCUCUCUCUCUUUAAUAAACUCAGUUUGGUACUUGAUAAAUAAUCAUAGUCUUAAAUGUUAGAAAUCCUAUAUAAUAUUAUUUAUUUAAAAUUGCAGAUUUUUAGUUUAAAAUACAUUUUUAUUUUUAAAUUUUGUCUUUUCCCUUUUUUUUCAGAUCAACAACCCCUCCCCGUCGUAAACGCUGAGGAAUGAUGUGGCAAGAAUGCCAUGAUGUUGUUUAAAAAAAUUCCAUGAGUUUUAAGGGCUUGUCUCAUUAUAGAGGCACAUUGUGGCUGUGUAGGUGAAACCAGAAUCUUUUUUUUUUUAAUCUGUAAAUAGGUGUACUUUUUCCAAUGCUGCUCCAAGUUACUUAAUAGGAUUUCUUUGUAUUACGUUUUUUUUUUUCAAAAAAUAUAGUGCAUAAUAAGACUAUAAACAUGCCAUUCUCUUUCAGCUGUAAUGUUCUUAAAAUUAUUCUUGAAUGUACUGUGAUGUCAAUAAAGCUCUUUAGUUCAUUUUUGUUAAA